AUUCAUAAAGCUAGCGCUGCAAGAAUGAAAAAUUUGUUGCUGUUAUUAUUCGUAUUCCAAGUGAUACAAACCGUGCAGUCGUGGGGUUAUGGUGGCGGCUGGUAUCCGUAUUUUGGAGGCGGCGGAUGGAACCCAUAUUACGGAGGCGGUUGGCAUCCUUACGGCGGUGGCGGCGGAUGGGGAUAUCCUUAUGGUGGUGGCUUUGGAGCUGGAAUGAAUCCGGGAGCAGCAAUCGGUGCUAGAGUUGGCGCACUUGCCGGAUCACUACUUGGUGGUUAA